AUUAAUAACGCACUCUAUAAAUACCUCAAAAUCUUUAUUACUACGUAUCUAGAUAAUAUACUAGUAUACUCUAGCAGCACACGCGAAGAAUAUAUUAAGUAUAUUAAGAAGAUUUUACAAAAGCUUAAAGAAUAUAAGCUAUACCUUUAACUAGGA